AUGUCUGCUCAGAAUGACCCCUUGAAUAUGAGCCUCGGCUAUCAUGCUGAGCUUGCGCUGCAUGGGGGAAUCGCUCCUCCGGGCACCCCGAAUCUCCCGUGGAACAGUCGCAGAGCCACCGACCCGCCUCUGGUCCGGCCGAAUCUCGUUACCAAAAUCCUUGUUUUCCCGGCAAGGUUCAAUCCGAUACAUGACGCGCACUUGACAUUUUUGGACCAUGUUUUUACACGCAGCGGUUUUGAUAAGGACGCCGAUUUUCAAGCAGCUAUCAUCUAUUGUAUGGAUGACGAACAUGUUGAAAGGGAUUUGGAGGGCCGGCCGCUCCCACAACCUGGCCGUUUUCUGCUUGAACUGAACCGUCGCCAGGCUGUUUCGUAUAAGCUUGUAGAGCACAAUGACAGAUACUGGGUCUGGGACUACGGAGACUCGAAUAGGUUCGGUCAUUUCAUCUUGGACUUGCGCCAGAGGUUGCACGAUAGGGUCGGUCAAGGAACCAGGAUUGAGCUAUAUGCCCUCGUGGGCCCGGAUGAGCUUUUGCCCCAUCGACCCGACCCCAGAACGUGGCACUGUGACCAUCUAAUUACCAGCAAUAUAGCGCCCGGACCUAAUCUUCUGAACGAGUACAUACUACCGAAACGGCUGCCAGGUUGUGCUGGUUGGACAUAUUAUAGAGACAAUUUUGAACCCACCGUUCGAGAGACAAUGGGACAAAGGAUGGCGGGUCGGGCUGCUGCCGAAGUCGCCAGGAUAGUCAUGGACACUCAACACUCCACAUAUUGCCUCUUGGAAGGUGUGCCAGGUGGACAGGCCAAGCUUGUUUACAUUCCGCACUUUCCAGGAAAAGACGGACACGCCGAAGCGCGCUGGGAUAUGAGCAGCACUAAAAUUCGCGUGCUCAUUGCUGAAAUGAGAACAUCGAACCAGAACCACCUUUCAAGAAAUGUGGCUGUUUUGAGGGCCGCUCGUGUUUCGAGUCUUCUAGCCACAGAGCUAGCCCGGCUUUUCAAUGAAGGGCAUCUUAAAUGGAUCGUCACGUUCAGGGGACCAGGACACGGCCAUUAG